AUGUCUGUUAACGUUCCUGGCUAUAAAUCCUCGCCGUAUUUCGAACAAUUGAAAACUAACAUUGAAGCAAAUCCCGAAUCAUACAUCAAAAAGGCAAAAGGCACCUAUGAAUUUCAUAUCAAGAACAAAGACGACAAAGAACAAACCUGGACUAUUGAAUUGAAAGAUAAAGGUGCAGUAACAGCUGAAGCUAGUAAAAGUAAACCGGAUAUCGUACUCACCCUGACUGAUGAUGUUUUUGUCGAUUUGGUCGAUGGAAAACUUAACGGUCAAAAGGCUUUUAUGCAGGGAAAACUUAAAGUGAAAGGCAACGUUAUGUUAGCUACCAAACUUGACGGUGUAUUAAAGGCCGCAAAAGCAAAAUUGUAA